ACGCCAGAAAUGUUUUCGCGUUAGCUUUGUUCACACAGUCCGAUCAACUGUUAUUUUAAAGAGCGAGGUCGCGGUUUUAUCACCUGGUAUCUUUCAAACAGAACUCCGAAUUGAAGAAUUCGUUGGCGAUGUCGUCGACUAAAGUUCGGCAUUUUAACACUGAAUAUUUAUUAGUUUGAAUUUGUGUGGAUUACCGGAUAGCACAAUGGCUGUUUCAGGUGAGCGAGAAGUUAAAAACAUGUUCCGGCGGCGGGUACUUGUGUAUAUUUGUGUGAUAUUUCUAACUUUUGAAACGUUUUUACUCGUGGAACAACAGAAGAACAUAACGAGGGAUGUCAAGUUGACGGGAAUGAAAUACAGCGAUACAGGAAGAUUUACUGGAGACGAGUACAAACAAUAUAAUGGUGGUCUGGAACUUAUGUUAAAUAAGUUAGAAAGAUCCCCGUCACGUGAUGGGAGCCGAAGAUAUAAUACAACGACGGGAUCACCGGAAUCUCAGAACAACGAAUUCAUUUUAAAGACAACAGACGAUUCUUCGGAAAUUAAUGGACAGAAUAAUUUUAAUCGUGUUAAACCUCCAGACUUCAUCAGCAAAGCCGUCCCAUCAAACAACAUUGAACAAUAUGCCAUUAAAACUAGCUAUUUAAAUAUCAGUAUUAAUGGAUUAAAUGUGACUGACCCGGAAGUGAAUCAUCGCCUUGUUGACAGAAUAAUCCCGGAAGUGUUUAAUGAUCUUAAUGUGAAAAAGGAAAACAUAAUCAAGCAAGACAAAUCGCCAUUUUUAAAUGACGAACGAACCAAGCAACGUAUUUCACGUUUAGAAAAAGUCUGUAAGGCGAAACCAGUCGGAGGGAGAGUCGUGCGCGUGCUCGUGGACCCGACAAACACAAUGUCUUACUGUGUUAUUCAUAAGAUAGCCUCUACCCAUUGGUUGAGAGUCUAUCGGUAUUUAUGGAAUGCCACUAAAAAAGGUCACGUCUCAAGUCCUUACAAGAUUACCAAGAUGGAGGCCCACCUGUCACCAAAAUUCAAAAUGGCCGACCACAAUUUCAGGUAUCCCUUGGAUCAAAGGUUAAUAAUGAGCACGAGGCGUUUUAUGUUUGUUCGUGAACCGUUUACACGUCUGUGGUCUGUGUACAUUGACAAAUUUAUUUUAGCUGAUAAUUAUUUUUGGUCGUUCUACGGGCCUAAAGUAGCCCGGAUAAACAAUAUGGUGAUACUUCCGGCUUUAAAACCGUGCUAUCAUUUUACUUUUAGACAUUUUAUAAAUUUUGUUGUGGCCACGGGCGUUAAUCCCGAUGACAUGAAUGAUCAUAUUAGGCCGAUUCAUCGAUUAUGUAAUCCGUGUGAUUUUAAACCACAUUUUGUGGGAAAGCUGGAGACAAUGACUAGUGAUAGCGAUAUAGUCCUUAAUUCGAUGAAUGUCACGUGGGGAGAACCAACUUCCGGGAAGGAUCAUCGUACAUAUCAAGAGAUGAAGACCAUCAUCGAAUUUAAUUUUCAUAUAGUCAAAGACCUCCGGUUGUUAUCGCGGUGUCUGAAUCCUGUUUCCUUAGGGAAAAGACUUCUCCGUGCUUUUGUUUUAAAUGGUUAUAUUCCACUGAGUGAAGAAAGUGUCCUUAUUGAAAAAUUACCUUUAAUGAAAGAACGAUUACUUGAUCUAGUUUGGGGCGUUUAUCGCAGUACAAAUCGAACACAGGCAAUGGUCAAAGCCCAGCGCCAAGAACUAAAAAUAAAAGCAUUUCAAACCAUUCCGUUACAACUUAUGCAUAAAUUACAACAAAUUUAUCUGAUGGAUUUUGAACUGUUCGAUUAUCGUUUAGAUCCCCCUGAAUUCUUUUAUAAUAAAAAGACGGUUUAAAAACGA